GCAGCCAGAGCCAGCCAGUGCCUGACCGCUCCGACUCCGCGAUUCGCGAGCGCUGUUCUGGCGCUGCUCAAUCCUUCCCUGUCACCACGGGGCGGCGAUGGCGGAAGGAGAUGUGGUCAAACUCCAGCGCCAUUUGUCCCUCCUGCGUGAGGAGUAUGUUAAGCUGCAGGCACGCUACGCAGAUGUUGAGAGGAAAUACAAUGUGGCCGUGGCAGCAUCUGGCAAUGCGGGCUCGGACAGCUUUGUCUCUCGCCUGCUCAAAACUGUGGCAAGUCUGUUUGAUCAGGAGCUCUACAGUGACCUGACAGUUCAACUGAAUGGCAAGUCGGUACGAGCUCACAAGUUUGUCUUGUCUUGCCGAAGCCAAACAUGGGGAGUGGGAAACCUGGCCGAUGUUGACACACUGGACUUGACAGACAUCCAGCCAGAUGUGGGCUUGGUAUUGUUGCGCUGGGUUUACACAGACCAAAUGGAGUCUGGGCUGCAGGACGGCUUUCUGCUGGACUUGAUGAAGACUGCCAAGCGCUUCUCUCUGGACAGCCUUUUGAGCAGGUGUGAAGAAGCCCUCAUGUCAUCCGUGAAUGUCAAGAACUGUGUGAGAUACUACCAGCUGGCUGAUGAGAUAGGUGCUCAUAACUUGCAACAUCACUGUUCUGAACUCAUCUCUAAUCAUUGGAAUGACUUUGGAAGUGAAGAUUUUGCCCACAUGAGUGCACCGCUCCUGUACAGCAUGUUUAAGGCAAAAACACGCUACCCUUUGCACACAGCCAUCAGGACCCAUCGUGAAGACGUCGUUUUCCUGUACCUCAUAGAAUUCGAUUCACUGCUGCCUGGCAAGCUGAAUGAGCUGGAUGACACCGGACAGCUGCCCCUGGACUUGGCUCUAUCCUCUCGUCAGGAGGGCAUUGCCAGCACACUGCUCAACCAUCGAGCUGACGUGAAUGCCACAGAUUUCAAGGGUCACACUCUGCUGCACAAGGCUAUUGAAAGAGGGGACGAGUUCUCGGCCCUGUUCUUGGUUGAGCACAAUGCUUCGGUGGAGCUGGCUGUGCCUUUGAAGAAGGAGACUGCCUUGCACAUGGUUGCUGGAUUUGAAGGCAGCCGCGAGUCUGCCGAAGGCAUGGUUCGUGUGGCCGCCUGCCUUCUCAAGCAUGGUGCUGACGUCAAUGCCCAAGACAGCAACGGAAAUACCCCUGUCCAUCGGAGCAUAGAGGCCAAGAAUAUGGGUGUUUUCUGCCUGCUGCUUGAAAGUCAAGCUGUCAACCUGGAACUGAGAAACAAUGAACAACACACACCGCUUGGCUUUGCGCUUCACUUUGGUGAUGGCCCAUAUGGCUGGGAAAGCUUUGCUGGCCGGUUAGCAGAUCGUGGAGCGAGCCUUGAUGCUGUGAGCAAAAUAACAGGGGACUCCCAGCUACAUCUAGUAGCUCGUGCUGGCAAUGAAGAUGCUGGCAUCUUUCUUGCUGAACGGGGGGCACAAUGUAAUAUAAGCAAUAAUAAGGGAGAGACACCACUGCACGCUGCGUGCCAGGCAGGUUUAGCACGACUGGUGCAAACGCUCUUGGAGCACGGUGCUGACCCGAACAAGCAGACACUGGGCUCUGCAGCAGAUGAUGAUGACGCUCGCUACCUGGAAACACCAUUACACCGCGCUGUGCUCAACAAGCAUGUUGAGGCAGUUCGCAGUAUCCUCCGACAUAAAGAGCUGGCAGUGAAGACGCCCGGGGCGGGUCUGCUGAUAGCCAAUUUGAACUUGAAGAACUCCAAGGAUGAAACUGCGCUGAGCCUGUCCCUCGAGCUGGGCCUGCACGACAUGGCUCGUGAGUUGCUUGCUGCGGGUGCCAGCUUGGAUGUGGUGGAUGCCGAAGGCCUCUCUCUGCUGCAUCGUGCCAUUUUGCACCAGGACACUGCGGGAGCCAUAUUUCUCUUGGACCAGGGCGCUGACCUCAACCUGCGCACUCAGGAUGGGGAGAGCCCACUUCAGCUUGCCAUCAAGCGCCACCUGCCGGCAGUGGUCAAGGCUUUGUGUGAGCGAGGUGCUGAUAUGUCGAUAACGGAUGAAGCCAGUAGCUGCAAGAGUGCCCUCUGGCUGGCCUUAGAAGGUGGUCAGGAAGAUGUUGCCUCUGUCCUAGUCCAGUAUGGCUGCGAUACCGACUGCUGGUCAGAGGGCCCUGGGGGUUGCUACCAAACAUUGCUGCACAGGGCCAUUGAUGAAAAUAAUGACUCCGUGGCCUGCUUCCUGGUUAGGAGUGGGUGUGACCUCAAUAGUCCUAGAAGGCCUGGGCCUCAUGGUGAAGGUGACGAAGAAGCAUUUGAUGGGCAAACACCACUCCAUCUCUCUUGCGCAUGGAGCCUGGAGCCAGUGGUUCAAACACUGAUUGAGCACAAUGCGAACGUAAAUGCUCAGGACUCUGAAGGUAGAACACCGCUGCAUGUUGCCAUCAGCAACCAAAACUCGGUGAUCAUCUCGUUGCUUCUCGGCCACCCUGCCAUUAAUCUAAGUUUGCGAGACAAGCAAGGAUUGACACCAUUUGCAAUGGCCAUGACCACACGUAACAACAAGGCUGCAGAGACCAUUAUUGCCCGAGAACCAACUGCACCUGAACAAUAUGAUAAUCGAGGCCGUAAUUUCCUCCACGUUGCCAUUCAAAAGAGUGACAUUGAAAGUGUGCUGUUUCUUCUGAGCAUACACGUCAACAUCCACUCAAGGACGCAAGAUGCCUCACAGCUCACUCCACUUCACCUGGCCGUGGAAGCAGGGUCCGAAAUGAUUGUGCGCAACCUGAUCCUGGCUGGUGCCAAUGUCAAUGACCUGACCUUGCAAAAGCAGACUGCUUUGCACCUGGCCGCAGCCAAAGAUCACAGUGCAAUAUGCAACGUGCUGAUAGAAAAUAAUAUUAAUUACGAUUUGGCUGACAGCGGUAUCAAUAAUGCUCUCCAUGUUGCUUGCCUGAAAGGCCACUUGGCAACAUGCAGGGUGCUGCUCACGGAGAGUCGAAUAAAUGCCGAAGCAGUGAACAUGAGAGGCCAAAACCCGCUGCAUGUGCUCUGUCAGCACGGCAAAGAGAAUGCAGCAGCCAUUUUUGAGCUUUUCUUGGAAUGCAUGCCACAGUACCCCAUCAACAAACCUGACAUUGAAGGAAACUCUCCUCUGCUGCUGGCAUACAUGCAAGGCAAUGGCAAUCUGUGCCGGUCGCUCGUACGGGCUGGCGCAUGUUUGGGUGCUUGCAACCAGGCAGGGGUCAACAUCUUCAACUACCAGGUGGCCACCAAGCAGCUUCUAGUACGGCUUCUAGAUUUCCUGCCAAAGGAACCUCCGUGGUCUGAUGGGGACAUCUGCCUGGAGUGUGGCAACAAGUUUGGCAUUAAAACAAGGAAACACCACUGUCGCCACUGCGGGCGAAUUCUGUGUGCCAAGUGUUCCGAGAAAGACAUUCCAAUUCUCAAGUUCAACCUCAACAAACCGGUGCGGGUAUGCGGGGUGUGCUUCGACGUGCUGACGUUAGGUGCAUCAGCCACCUGACAGCCGGCGAGAGAAACCGUUCGUCAGGCUGCCACAACGUUCAGGCUUAGAAGGUGGUUCCGGUAGAGAAAAAAAAAAAAAUGUACGUCCCACCGCUGCUCAGUUCAACAGAAGUCACAUUCUAUUUUCUUGUCCUGGAAUAGAGGGCGUGUUACUACGCUAAACCAUUUGUACAAAGACGUAUGCAUAUAUGCCUCUCUCUUCUCUAAAGGGAAUACAACUCCCGCUUUUCUGUAACCCACUAUUUAUACAACUAUGGUUUAGCCCCUUCCAGAUAGCCUCGUAGGAAGGGGAAGACGAUCACAAGCGUCUCCCGGUUGUACAUGGGACAACAGAAAUAAAAACCAAUGUUUUUGCAUCAA